AUGCAGAGCCGCCAGCAACGUGAGGCCGAGAAGGCCCUCCACGAUCAGACAGACCUUCUCCCGCGGGGCAAGCUGCUGACGGUUCUCGCGGCCAUCUCCCUGACCCUGCUCGUCACCUUCAUCGACCAGAAUGGCAUUGGCGUCACCUUGCCCACCAUCGCCGCCGACCUCGAGGCCCACGAUACAAUCUCGUGGGCCGGCACCUCCUCGCUCAUCGCAAACACCGUCUUCCAGAUGCUCUACGGCCGCUUGUCGGACAUAUUUGGGCGUCGGAUCGUCUUCCUCACCGCCGUCGCCCUCCUCUCCCUCGCCGCGCUGCUGUGUGGCCUGUCCCGUGGCCCGGCCACCUUCUACGUGUUCCGCGGGCUCGCGGGCAUCGGUGGCGGCGGCAUCAGCAACCUCGCCAUGAUCAUUGUUAGCGACAUUGUCACCCUGGAGCAGCGCGGCCAGUACCAGGGCGUCAUCGGCGCCAUGGUCGGGCUGGGCAACGUCGCAGGCCCGUUUCUGGCGGCGGCCUUCAUCGCCAACACGGGCUCCUGGAGGGGUUUCUUCUACAUGGUCUCCCCGCUCGCCGCGCUGAUCGGCGCGGUCGCGUUCGCCAUGUUGCCGUCCAAGCCCCCGAGCGUGGGUGUCCGGGAGAGCCUGAAGAAGAUCGACUUCGCCGGGGUCCUGCUCUCGAGCACCGCCGUGAUCUUCCUGUUGAUCCCGAUCAGUGGAGGCGGUGCGUAUUUCCCCUGGGACUCGCCCAUGGUGAUCAGCAUGCUCGUCAUCGGUGUGGUGGCACUCGGCGCGUUUGUCCUGGUAGAAUGGAGGGUGGCCAAGUUGCCCAUGAUGCCAGGAUAUACCUGUGUGGUCGGUUUACUGACACUCUGCUGUACACCCGUUCGCGUUCGCCGUGCAGUCCAGAUAUUCCACAACCGCUGCGUGACGACCCUGCUCAUCCAGAGCUUCCUGUUCGGCAGCGUCUACCAGUCCUACCUCUAUUACCUGCCCAUGUAUCUGCAGAACGCCAGGGGCUUUUCCGUGCUCGAAUCUGCGGGCUUCACCGCCAUCACCGUGGCCAUACAGGCGGUCGCCUCUGUCUGUUCCGACCAGUACAUGUCCUGGACCCAGCGGUAUGGCGAGGUGAUUUGGAGCGGCUUCGGGUUGUGGACACUCGGGUGCGGCCUCACGCUACUGUACACGCGCUCGUCCUCCCGGGGCAUCAUCGCCCUGCCUCUAGUCCUCAACGGCCUCGGCGUGGGCUGCAUCUUCCAGCCGACCCUCGUCGCGCUGCAGUGCCACGUCCCGCGCGGCCGCCGCGCCGUCAUCAUCUCGAACCGCAAUUUCUUCCGCUGCGCCGGCGGCGCCGUCGGCCUGGCCGUCUCCGCGUCGGUCCUGCAGGCCGGGCUCCGCGCCAGCCUGCCUCGCGGGUUCGCGUCGCUCGCGGGCAGCACCUAUGCCGUGCCGUCGCGGGAAGCCCUGCUCGAGCUGGCCGGCGGGGAUGCCGGCGCCGUCGAGCAGGUCCUGGACGCGUACAUGGCGGCUAGCCGGUGGGUGUUUAUUCUGCAGGUCCCGCUGAUGGGGCUGUGCUUGUUGGGCUGCUUCCUGGUCAGAGACCGGGGGAUGGGUCCGCACGAGGGAGAACCGGUAGAAAGAGUCACGGGAGAGCAGCUUCCGCCGACAGGGGACGGCGGAGGAGGAGAGACGGGCAAGUUGGGAGUAGGCGCGGUCGCGAGGCGUGAUAGUGAAAGAACUCAGGAUGGUGCCGAAGGAGGACACACCGAGCUAGAGCUGGUCGAAGCCGGUCAUGGAUCGGUGGCAGUCAGGAAUUCAGCCAAAGCUGAGCAGGUCGAGACUAAAAGCGAGGAAGGGAAGACACAGAUGGCCUCCGUCCAGUAG